CAACCUGCAGACCCAUAAGCCUCAACGUUGGAGCAAAGCUCAGCAUCUUCAGAUCAUCCUCUCCUGGUGUGUGCCAGAAACUGCAGUCAUGAAUGUAGGUAUCUAUGUGUGUGUUAUCCUGGCUGCUUUGUCCAGUGGCUCGCUAAGUCUGCCUUCACACUCCAUGAGAGCUGAGAGUACAGCUCUUGUUACAGACAGUCUACCUGCCCCCUCACCUAACCACACACGCCAGGCCCGCUCAGCUCCAGCGCCCCCCUCAGGGCAGUUUGCUCAUUACAUCCAUCCUCAGGAGGACUCAGAUGCUCCAAACAGUCUGAACCAACUACUGGCCAGACUUGUCUCCAGGAAAGGGUCUCCCUUUCAGAGCAGAUCCUCCCUCAGCAGCAGAGCCGUGGCCCCCAGCCACAGGAUAAAGGACAGAGAUUACCUCGGCUGGAUGGACUUUGGACGACGUAGUGCAGAAGAGUAUGAAUACUCCCCAUAGAGGCACAGCUUCUUGUUUUUUUUUUUUUUUAAUCCCUGAGUUGCAACUUUUAUCACAUCUAUUCAAGGCCAGCAAAAACACUUUUCACACUGCAUUUACUGUAACCCAGGGCUGGCUUACCACCACCCCACAAUGAGUUCAGCAUCAUAUCAUAAAGCAAAGACCUGCAAUCUGUGAACCCUAACAUCCACACCAAACCCAGGAACACUUUCCCAACUGUUUCUCACAAUAUACCAUCAACAUCACAAGAUAAAGCAAAUAUAAGUCACAGCACUUCGUUACUUCCCCUCAAAAAAUUACAAAUAGAAUUAAGUCCCUGUAUUAAACCACCUGGGUUCUGUAGUGUUUUUAAAACAUUACUCAAACAAGAGGCCUUGUGCAUCUAUCUGGGAAUAUUGUUAAACAAAUGCAGAUCAGUGCUCUUGUAAAUAUGUAAAUAUGCAGAAUAAUGUGUGCAAGUUCAACACAGACAAAAAUGAAACUGCAAUGUAGAGGCAUGGCAGAGAUGCUCUAUGGCCAUCCGGCUUUGACUGCACAAAUACUCGCAGCAAAGACGGGGGUCAGUUAUGUUUUUCUCAAGCGGUAUGUGAUGAUGAGAGUGACGAGCUUUAAAAGGUGUUAACAGAUCAGCAGGUCUGAAAUAA